AUGUCGCUAUAUACCGAGCGGUCCAAGAGGUUGACCAGCACAACACGACAUUUUCACCCACCACCCAGGGACACCCAGCAGGCCAGAGACACCCAGCAGGCCAGGGACACCCAGCAGGCCAGGGACACCCAGCAGGCCAGGGACACCCAGCAGGCCAGGGACACCCAGCAGGCCAGGGGCACCCAGCAGGCCAAGGACACCCAGCAGGCCAGGGACACCCAGCAGGCUAGGGACACCCAACAGGCCAGGGACACCCAGCAGGCCAGGGACACCCAGCAGGCCAGGGGCACCCAGCAGGCCAGGGGCACCCAGCAGGCCAGGGACACCCAGCAGGCCAGGGACACCCAGCAGGCUAGGGACACCCAACAGGCCAGGGACACCCAGCAGGCCAGGGACACCCAGCAGGCCAGGGACACCCAGCAGGCCAGGGACACCCAGCAGGCCAGGGACACCCAGCAGGCCAGGGGCACCCAGCAGGCCAGGGACACCCAGCAGGCCAGGGGCACCCAGCAGGCCAGGGACACCCAGCAGGCCAGGGACACCCAACAGGCCAGGGACACCCAGCAGGCCAGGGACACCCAGCAGGCCAGGGAUACCCACCAGGCCAGGGAUACCCACCAGGUCAGGGACACCCACCACCCAGCAGGCCAGGGACACCCACCAGACCAGGGACACCCACCACCCAGGGACACCCAGCAGGCCAGGGACAUGCAGCAGGCCAGGGACACCCAGCAGGCCAGGGACACACAGCAGGCCAGGGACACCCAGCAGGCCAGGGACACCCAGCAGGCCAGGGACACCCAACAGGCCAGGGACACCCAGCAGGCCAGGGACACCGAGCAGGCCAGGGACACCCAGCAGGCCAGGGACACCCAGCAGGCCAGGGACACCCACCAGGCCAGGGAUACCCACCAGGUCAGGGACACCCACCACCCAGCAGGCCAGGGACACCCACCAGACCAGGGACACCCAGCAGGCCAGGGACAUGCAGCAGGCCAGGGACACCCAGCAGGCCAGGGACACCCAGCAGGCCAGGGACACCCACCACCCAGGGACACCCAGCAGGCCAGGGACACCCAGCAGGCCAGGGACACCCACCACCCAGGAGGCCAGGGACACCCAGCAGGCCAGGGACACCCAGCAGACCACUGA